AUUGGCGCGUUUCGGGGGCAGGGCGGGCCGAGGGGCGGGGUCGCAGCAAGGCUCCCCCUUUACCCACUCUGGGCCUCUCACAAAGUCUGAGCCGCGCCCCGCCGAAGCCUGUCUGCAGAAUCCGUAGCAGCCAGCACCAUGCCCAUGACACUGGGGUACUGGAACAUCCGCGGGAGAAGUCACCAAGUCAGGGACCCUCAAUCUCUGACCCGAGCUGCGGGCCAUCUCUCCCAGCUGGCCCACUCCAUCCGCCUGCUCCUGGAAUACACAGGCUCAAGUUACGAGGAAAAGAAGUACACAAUGGGGGAUGCUCCUGACUAUGACAGAAGCCAGUGGCUGAAUGAAAAAUUCAAGCUGGGCCUGGACUUUCCCAAUCUGCCCUACUUGAUUGAUGGGACUCACAAGAUCACCCAGAGCAACGCCAUCAUGCGCUACAUUGCCCGCAAGCACAACCUGUGUGGGGAGACCGAAAAGGAGAAGAUUUGGGAAGACAUUUUGGAGAACCAGCUUAUGGACAACCGCAUGCAGCUGGCCAGACUCUGCUAUGACCCAGAUUUUGAGAAACUGAAGCCAGAAUACCUGGAGGGACUCCCUGAAAUGCUGAAGCUCUAUUCACAGUUUCUGGGGAAGCAGCCAUGGUUUCUUGGGGACAAGAUCACCUUUGUGGAUUUCAUCGCUUAUGAUGUCCUUGAGAGAAACCAAGUAUUUGAGCCCAGCUGCCUGGACGCCUUCCCAAACCUGAAGGACUUCAUCUCCCGAUUUGAGGUGAUGCCCCCAUCCUCCUUUCUCUUUAUGUCCCUUAUUCCUUUCCCUCCUUUGUGAUGCUUUCCCAGUCCUGAAGCUACACAAAGAAUAACUCGCAUUUAUGGC